AUGUGGGAGAUAUGGGAGAAGUGGUCAAGGGAAUCCAAGUACCCUGGAAAUCCAUUCCUGCCCACUGAAACAGACUUUGUUCAACACCUGAAAUACUCAUUGAUGAAAAAAGGACUUAUAGAGGUUUCUAAAGAAGAAGCAAGAUUCCUCAGACCAUCACUAAGCUGUGAAGAUGUGUCACAACAAGAGCUUCUGAAGCAACAUGACAUGCAAUAUUUCCGGAUUUCAAGGUUUGCUCCGCACCAAAAAGCUUCAGACAGAAAAAUAUGUUUAAUUGCCCUUCACUCAGGUAGAUUACAACUGAAAAUUUUGGAACAUCAUGAACCAGUGGCAGAAUGGUUUGACAACCUAAGUCAUAGUCUUCAAGAGCAAUUGUAUAUCCUUGGACAAAAUCAUGAGUAUCCAAGAGAUGUAACAGAAACCAUACAUUAUGUCAAGCGCCUUUACCUGAAUCUUGUUCCAAGUUUCUUUGGGAUUCUUAGGAUGAUUGAACAGGAUUCAUUCCCAAUCAAAGCUUCACAACAAGACAUAUUGAUAAUGAAUGCAUGGAGAUUCUUGAAAAACCAUAUUACCCAAUGGAAGGACCAUUAUGUGAAAAUGAAUCCAACUCAAGAGUCUGUAUCCACCCAUCCAGAGAAGGCUUACCUUGUAAGCCAUCAGCUUCUCAAUAAAAUUUUAAGAUUGAAACAAGUAAAACAUGUUGAUUUGGAAGACCUCUUGGACUUAUAUGAGAUAUGGCGUCUCGAGUCCUUGAAUGAAAAUACUGUGGUAUCACCUCACAGUAACAAAACAUCAUUGAAGGACAAACUCAAAAAAUUCUAUACACAAAUGAGUCUAGAAGCAUCCAAUAAGCCUUCCAUAAUUUUUUGA